CCGCCUGCGCGUCCCCCUCGGCUCGGAGCGCAGCUUGGCCGAGUGACGGGCGAGGAUAAAAAAUGUCAGUACUUACUUCUCCAAGAGGAAAAGUAGAAGUGGUUCACUGCCGAAGAACAGAGUCGCAUGAUAUUUAUUGUAUCAAAAACCUCAUUAGGAAAUUUACCCAGAAGCUGUUUGGGAGGCUUAAUAUCAUCUAUCUUCUAGAAAAAGCCAACCUUGCCGUUACCCUCUCCAAUGACAAGGAGGAGAUCAUGGCUCAGGCCACCUUCCUGGACUAUCCCAACUGGAAUGUUGCCAAGCAGGACAACUGGGUGUCGGUGUUCCGUGAGCUUGACAGUGAAAUCCCAUGCACGCCCCUGAACACAUUGUUCCUGCAUCUCUUUGUGGCUGUGGAUGAGUAUUCCAUCGGCUGUUGCAAAGAGAUUAUUCGGACCGUGUUUAAAGCCGUGCCAGAGCUGCACUUCAUAUUUCUCAUAGUGCCAUCCUAUAUGAGUCUAGGCUCGACUCUUAUAACUGUUUUUGACCAAGUGGGGAAUGUGCCGUGUCUGACGUUCGAGGAGGAUUUCGCGGUGCACAUAUGUCACAGACACAGCCACUACCCUCAGCUGCACGUUCGCAGAGCCAGGGUGGAAGAUCAUGACGACCUCAUGCCAAUAUUCUUGCGCCAUGACACAAUUCUGAAGGAAACUUAUGGUGAAUACUUCCUGGCUGAACUAAUAGAAGCUCAAGACGAAGAGAAUCAUGCUGUGGUGUGCGAGGUGGAUGACAAAGCUGUUGGGUUCAUGAGUGUGUGCUCCAGGGUGAACCUGCAGUUGCUACACGAGUGCUUCGACCUGGAGCCUUUCCAUGGACUCUGUGUCCCACAUCCUGAUGACAUUCUGGAACCACCACAAGAGCCCAGCAUUCAGGCAAGUGAAGAUGCUGAGCUCCGGAGUAACAGCCAGGGUUCCCAGAAAAUAAUCGAGGCGCUGCUACAGGAAUCUGCCUCCCCAGAGGCCAUGGAAAACAUCCAGGAAAAAGUCACAGAAGAAAUUGUGUCCGAGGAGCCUUUCUCAGCAGCCCAAAGUGGGAAUACUAGUGAAAUAGAGGAUGUAGAGAAAUUCAGUCAGAUCUCCGUCAUGGAUGAGGUCGAUAACUACAUCAGCAGUGAGAGCUCAGCAUCCAUCUUGCUCCCUGAGGGGUACAGUCACUUCCACCCCACCUACAAAGGAGCCUCAGACGCUUUUUGUAUUCAGCUGUUUUGCAUUGAUGAGAAAUACGAAGCAAGGUCACUGGAUUUCAUGAAUUUUGUCUUCAGCCUUUUCCCUAACAAGAACUUCUGCAUAAUUUCUCUGCCCCAUCUCACCCCUGAGUUUGUCCUCAUCCAGAACUUCGUGAAGAUGGUCCCCUUCAACAACUGCACCCUCGAGCAGGAUCUCUACGUCUUCCACCGGGCCGGGUUGCUUAAGUCCAUUAACAUAAGAUUAGCCACUAUCUCUGAUGUUCCUGGUGUGGAAAAUCUCGUCAGCACCCUCAUGCUGAAUAAAAGCAUAUUGGAUGACUUAGCCCGAUACAACGAGGCCUGCAGAGACUUUGAUGGAACCCCACUGCUGGCGUUUGUGGCUGAAGUUGCAGAACAGAUCGUUGGCAUUGCGAUGAUCAGAAAUGAAAUGGAUGUUGAGUAUAUCCGAUCCCAUUACAACAUUGAAGACUUCAUCUACUUUAGUCACCACCAGCGCGAGGAACACGGGCACUUGCACCACUUUGCUCUGAACCCCAUUUUCCGGCACUACACCAAGUUCUUCCUGAAGGAGAUCCUUCGUUUAGGCUAUAAGUCCUGUCUCUAUUACCCUAUUUACCCACAAUCCAGGGAAGGCAAGUUCCAGAACCCCCACGCCCACUCGCUGACAUCUGCCCUUCAUUACUUGGUUCCCGUGCGACCACGACGACAGAUUGUCUAUCCUCUGGAAAAGCUUGGCAUAAACGCUCCAUCAAAGGCGGUCUCCAAGGAUCCGAUGAGUUACGCCUUGUACCAUACAAACAGAAAACUAACAUUGGAACCUAAAAUAACCAUCAAUGCCAAGAUCAUUGUGGUUGGCGCAUCCAAUGUUGGAAUUUCCUUCCUAGAGACUUUGGUAUUUUGCUCUCAUCUGAAGUUUAAUCAUCUCACCCUGAUUUCAACUCACGGACUCCCAGGAAAGAAACUUCUGGGUGCUGAACAAAGGAAGUUUUUAGCCACCGACCACUGUUUUAAUGAUAAAGAUUACGCGUUGAUGUCAUUGUGCUCCUGGGUGAACGUCGUGGUUGGUAGGAUGACGGGCAUCGACAGAGCGGCCAAGCACGUCGUGCUCUCUGAGGGAGAAGUCGUGCUCUAUGACCACCUCAUCCUUUGCACCGGGCAGCAGUACCAGGUCCCAUGCCCGACCGGUGCUGAUAUUAGUCAGCACCCGACAAACAAAGAGGUUCCAAACACCAGUAAGCUGCGCUACACCGGGAAAGUUCCAUGCAAUCAUUUCACUCUCAACGAUGAAGAGGAUUGCUCUAAGGCCCUGACUUGGAUAAGGAACAACUCCAUCGUCACAGAAGGGAAUGUCAUUGUCUAUGGGAAUACAAUCGACACUUACACCACAGUGGAAACUCUCUUGAACAUCGGUGUGAGAGGCAACUGCAUCCACCUGGUGCAACCUCCGCCCACCCAGACCUUCACCUGCUUCAACAACUACUCGGUGGAAAAGGCCGUGGAGAAUGCGCUCAAAGCAGCCGGGGUGGCCACCUACCAGGACGCGAUCUUGGCCCAGUGGAACGACGGCGCGGACCCAGACCCCAUUCACAGCGCCAGCUUCACCACACCCACCAAGCCUUUCAGACUCCAGUGCGCUAUGUUCUUCAGCUUUUGUGAGAAGAAAGUGGAUUAUGAAACGUUCAAAGCACUCAAUGAUGCUUGUCUUGUCUAUGACGGCCGACUUGUGAUUGACACCAACUUCCACACCAAUGACAUAGCCAUCAGAGCAGCUGGUUCCCUCACCAAGUUCUCCAAUAGGUAUUACGCAAGUGAGUGGACACACAGAAACUUCAAUUCCAAGGAAAUUGGCCUCCAGCUGGCAGCGGCCAUGCUCAACCUCUUUGAUCCAACCCUGGAGCCUGUGACUGAGCCACCAGCUAACCUUGACCGACUCAUCCCCAUGUACAAGGGAGCCAAGAUUCAAGGAGGUAUUCUUCCCGGGUCUUACCAUUAUCUGCAUGUCGCUAAGCCUGCCAUCUCGACUUCCUUGGAGGUAAAGAUGACACAGCCUGAUUUUGGUUUAGAAAUAGUAACAGGAAGUGCAAAAAAUGGGACUUACUUCCGAAUUCAUAUUAACAAGUACAAGAUGGUGGAAACCAUCACAUGCCUUUCUAAGGAGCCUUUCCCUGUCUCCAACUACAUCCGCUUGUUUGGGCAGCACGAGCAAGUCCUCAAUAACCUGUGUGUGCGGUAUGACAACAACCUGAUCACGGAUCUCUACAGCUACUUCGAAGAGCCAUGGUGUAUGGCCCUCUUCCACGAUCGGUUUAUUGAUCUGAGGAAAGAGUUACGCCAAAUCUUAGCCUCCAAGGAGGAGGAAGACCUUCCUUCUAUAGAGCAAUUAGUUCAUGAGAUCGAGGUCGAGGAGCUAGAACUGGUGGGGACACCCAGGAAGUACCUCAAAAGAGUUUUCGAGGAACGCAUCUACAAAUCCCUGGUGGAAAGGAGCAUCCUUGACUACCUACACUACAACCAUUACCACCUGCCCAUGUACGCAUGGCCUGGCAUCAUUUAGCGUGGUCAAGGUCUCCGCUUUAUUGGUUUCUACAUUUAGUUCCUGGAAGUGCGCUGGGGAAACAGAACAGUUCUCUGAAGCCUGGCUUGACAGCCAAGCACACCCUGGCUCUUCCCCCUCCCUUGUGCCUGUAGUUUCCCCUGGUUCCAGUAGGUGGCACACGGCCGUGCGUCUCCAUCCUGGGGCAGCGAGGCUUCACUAACACCAGACCUGCUCCUUUGCAGAAUAACCCAUUUUAGCAAUAAAAUGAGCUCAUCCUGUGGGAAACUUGGGUGUGAUUCUG